AUGAAAUGGUCCACAUUGCUCAGUAAGGUCGUAUUCGCCGCCGGCCAGCAGCAGGAGCAGCAGCCCCCGCCCCCGCCCCCGCCGCCGCCGGGGUCGCCGCUUCAUCGCCAGCAGGCGGACCAGGACCUCGGCACCCCGAGGCUCAGCUCCGCCUCCACCGGCGGGGACGAGGGCGGCUUCGACGCGGCGGCCGGGAGCUCGCCCUCCGCCGCCGCGUCCCUAGCCAGGGGGAAAAAUGAAUUGGAAUCGGACUUCAGGAGGUUCUGGGAGGAAUUUCGCUCUUCCAGCUCUGAAAAGGAGAAAGAAAGGGCCUUAAAUUUGGCCGUAGAUGUCUUCUGUAGGCUAGUCAAGCAGCAUUCUAGUGUAGCGCAAUUGCUUGCAAAGUUAGUAGAAGCACAUGUUUUUUCUUUUGUUAUUGGAAGAGCUUUUGUUACCGAUGUGGAGAAACUAAGAAUCCACAGCAAAGGAAGAGCACUGCGUGUUGCUGAUGUUAUUGGCUUUUUUUCAGAAAUCACAGAGCUUGGUAUAUGUCCAGGAUCAAACUUGUUGUACGCAGUCGAAGUACUUGUGACAGAGACUAAUGAUAAACAGCCUCUGUUGGACUCUGGUAUUUUGUGCUGCCUUAUAUAUAUCCUCAAUUCUCUAUUGAGUCCCAAUGAGUACUCCCCAAGUAUCUCUCCUGUUCACCAAGCAGGAUCAAAAAUUGAGAAAAGCAAAAAUUUGGAUCCUACUCAAUCACGGCGGCUUGAGAUUGAGGGGAGCGUAAUACAUAUAAUGAAAGCACUGGCGAGCCAUCAAUCUGCUGCACCAAGUUUAAUUGAAGAUGAUGCCUUACAAGUUCUCUUCCACAUGGUUGCAAAUGGUUCACUCACUGUAUUUUCGCAAUUCAGGGAUGGUAUUGUUCCCCUUCACACAAUUCAGCUUCAUCGCCAUGCAAUGCAGGUUCUUGGUCUUCUUCUUGCAAACGACAAUGGGACUUCUGCCAAGUACAUCAGGAAGCACCAAUUGAUUAAAGUACUUCUUAUGGCCGUGAAGGAUUUCAAUCCUCAUAGUGGUGAUGCUGCUUACACCAUGGGCAUUGUGGAUUUGUUACUGGAAUGUGUUGAGUUGUCUUACAGGCCUGAGUCUGGGUCCAUAAGGCUCAGGGAAGACAUACACAAUGCUCAUGGUUAUCAGUUCCUUGUUCAAUUUGCUCUUACACUUUGUAGCUUACACAAAAACCAGACUCUCCAAUCCUCAUCCAAGUUAGUAACCGGAGAGCAUGGAUUUGAUCCUUCUCACAGAUUAGAACAAGAUGUAUUCUCAUGUGACCUUUCACCUCAGUUGUCUAGGUUGCUUGAUGUUCUAGUAAAUUUGUCACAAAUUGGACCCUCUGAAAAUGGUGGUGGUAAAAGUUUGAAAUCUUCUCACACGAAAGGAACAGGGCACAACAGAAGCCGAACUCCAUCUGCUGACAAAUUUGAUGAGGUGAUGGAAGUUAGUAGCCCCAAGGUAAAAGAUCUUGAUGCCAUUCAGAUGCUACAAGAUAUUUUUCUGAAGGCUGACAACUUGGAAGUGCAAGCUGAAGUUCUCAAUAGAAUGUUCAAGAUUUUCUCGAGCCAUCUUGAAAACUACAAGCUGUGCCAACAACUUCGUACUGUUCCUCUUUUUAUCCUAAACAUGGGCAGCUUCCCUGCAGCACUACAAGAGGUCAUUUUAAAAAUUUUGGAAUAUGCUGUCACGGUCGUAAACUGCAUUCCGGAGCAGGAGUUGUUGUCACUCUGUUGCUUAUUGCAACAACCAAUUUCUACCAGUCUUAAGCAUACAGUGCUUUCAUUCUUUGUAAAGCUCCUCUCCUUUGAUCAGCAGUACAAGAAAGUUCUCAGAGAAGUUGGUGUCUUGGGGGUAUUGUUAGAUGACUUGAAGCAAAACAAGCUUUUCUUUGGAGAUGAGCAGCACAAUAAGGCCUAUGACUCUACAGAGAGGAUGUCUAAUGCAAGUAAUUUUCAGAAGACGGUGAACAACAAAGAUGCAAUUCUUUCGCCAAAGUUAAUGGCUUCUAGUUCCGCAAAAUUUCCCAUGUUUGAAGAUGAAGGAACAAUUACUGUUGCAUGGGAUUGUCUUUUUUAUCUGCUGAAAAGAGCUGAGCCUAACCAGCAAUCAUUCCGAUCGUCCAAUGGUGUGAACAUCAUUCUUCCUUUCUUGGUAUCCGAAAGCCACAGAUCUGGUGUAUUACGACUUUUGUCAUGCCUGAUAAUUGAAGAUUCUCUUCAGGCUCAUCCAGAAGAAAUAGGAUCACUGAUUGAAAUCUUGAAGAGUGGGAUGGUAUCAACGUCAUCAGGUUCUCAAUUCAAGCUUGAUAAUGAUGCAAAGUGUGAUGCAUUUGGUGCUUUGUGGCGCAUUCUUGGGGUGAAUAGUUCAGCACAAAGAAUUUUUGGAGAAGCCACUGGAUUUUCCCUGCUACUGACAACGCUGCAUAGUUUCCAGAAUGACGGUGAAAGUGAAGAGACUGAAUCAUCUUUACAUACUCAUAUGAAGAUCUUUGGUUUUCUAUUGCGAGCAAUGACAGCUGCAGUAUGCAACAAUUCUGUUAAUAGGAUAAAACUGCAUACAACCCUUUCGUCGAACACUUUCUAUGAUCUCCUUUCUGAGUCUGGGCUGCUCUGUGUGGAUUGUGAAAAACAAGUUAUUUUGCUUUUGCUUGAGCUUGCACUUGAGAUUGUCCUUCCGCCCACGAGUAACCUGCAGGUAGAGUGCAUUUCAUCUGAAACCUCAGAGGAUGAAUCGAGCUUCUUGUCUGCAGCAUCAUUUGGACUUUCAAGGCUUGACAAGGAGCGUGUGUAUAAUGCUAGUGCAGUAGUUGUUUUGAUCCGUUCUUUGCUGGUAUUUACACCUAAAGUUCAACUUGAGUUGCUGAGAUUCAUUGAGAAGCUAGCAAAUGCUGGUCCCUUCAACCAGGAGAAUUUAACUUCUGUUGGAUGCGUUGGCCUGCUACUUGAGACAAUCAGCCCGUUUUUGGAGGGUUCCUCUCCUAUUCUUAAUCAUGCCUUGAGAAUUGUUGAACUUCUAGGUGCCUACAGGUUGUCCUCCUCCGAGCUAAGACUUCUUGUGAGAUAUAUUCUUCAGCUGAAAGUGAAGCGUUCUGGUCAUCUUUUUGUUAACAUGAUGGACAAAUUAAUUCAAAUGGAAGACGUCAGAAAAGGAAACGUGUCUCUAGCUCCUUUUAUUGAAAUGGACAUGAGCAAAGCCGGUCAUGCAUCUAUUCAAGUUUCAUUAGGAGAAAGAACAUGGCCGCCUGUUUCUGGGUACUCUUUUGUUUGCUGGUUCCAAUUUCAGAACUUCUUUAAAUGCCAGCCGAAGGAAGCAGAAAAAGCAUCUAAAGGGGCCUAUGGUAAAAGGAGUGGGCAUGUUUUGCGCAUAUUUUCUGUGGGUGCAGUGGAUGAUGCCAACACUCUGUAUGCUGAACUUUAUCUCAAUGAUAAUGGUGUUUUUACUAUAUCUACGGGCAAUUCAAGUUCAUUGUCAUUUCCUGGCAUUGAAAUGGAAGAAGGAAAAUGGCAUCAUCUUGCUGUUGUCCAUAGUAAGCCAAAUGCACUAGCUGGCCUUUUCCAAGCAAGUGUGGCUAGCCUGUAUCUUGAUGGAAAGCUGAGGCACACCGGGAAGCUUGGAUACUCACCAUCCCCGUUUGGUAAAUCUUUGCAAGUAACACUUGGCACAUCUACUAUUCGUGGGAAAGUUUCUGACUUGUCAUGGCGGCUCCGGUGUUGUUAUCUUUUUGAGGAGGUCUUGACACCCGGGAGCAUUUGUUUCAUGUACAUUCUUGGACAAGGGUAUCGAGGGUUGUUCCAGGACACUGAUCUUCUGAGAUUUGUCCCAAAUUGGGCCUGUGGUGGAGAGGUAAUGGCGAUCCUGGAUUCAUUAGAAGUGGAGGUACCCGCAUCUUCAAGCAGCCAGCGUGUUGACAGUUCAAUGAAACAAGGAAACUCUAGACUUGAGAGCAGUGGAAUUGUUUGGGACAUGGAACGGUUAAGAAAUCUCUCCUUACAAUUAUCUGGAAGGAAGCUCAUAUUUGCAUUCGAUGGAACUUCAUCAGAUGCUUUUCGAGCAUCUGGGACCUUUUCGUUGCUGAACCUUGUUGAUCCAACUUCUGCUGCUGCAUCCCCAAUAGGAGGUAUACCAAGAUAUGGACGUCUAAGUGGUGAUGUUUACAUCUGCAACCAGUGCACAAUUGGUGACACUGUUCAAACAGUUGGUGGGAUGCCUGUUGUGCUUGCUCUUGUUGAAGCUGCUGAAUCUAGGGACAUGCUGCAUAUGGCGCUGGAGCUACUUGCAUUAUCUCUUCAGCAGAGCCAUCAAAAUGUAAAAAACAUGCAGGCCUUGAGGGGUUAUCAUCUUCUUGCACUUUUCCUGCAUAGGAGAAUGUCACUAUUUGAUAUGCAAUCUCUUGAUAUCUUCUUCCGUAUUGCUGCAUGUGAGGCUUCCUUUCCUGAGCCGCAGAAAUCAAAGAUAAAUCGAACAGCAAGCUAUGCAUCUGGGAUGUCCCCGGACGCCAGCCUUGAUGAUCUUACCUUACCCAAGUUUGGCGAUGAUGUGUCUUCUGGUGGAUCGCAUGGGGAUCUAGAUGAUUUUUCAGUACAAAAGGAUUCAUUUAGCCGCUUGUCUGAGCUGGAGAAUGCUGAAAUAGCUGGCGAGACUUCUGAAUUCAUAGUCUUGUCAAAUGCUGAUAUGGUUGAACACGUUCUCUUGGACUGGACUAUAUGGGUUGCUGCUCCUAUAUCUGUGCAAAUAACUCUUCUUGGAUUUCUUGAGAGGAUGGUAUCCAUGCAUUGGUUCCGAAAUCACAACCUUACAAUACUGCGCCGGAUUAAUCUUGUUCAGCAUCUUCUUGUUACUUUACAACGUGGUGAUGUUGAAAUUCCUGUGCUGGAGAAGCUAGUUGUGCUACUAGGUGUCAUCCUGGAGGAUGGUUUUCUAGCUUCUGAGCUGGAACUUGUUGUUAGAUUCAUAAUAAUGACAUUUGAUCCUCCAGAGCUUACACCAAACCGCCAGAUUGUGCGUGAGGCUAUGGGAAAGCAUGUUAUUGUGAGGAACAUGUUAUUGGAAAUGCUUAUUGAUCUACAAGUAACCAUAAAUGCUGAAGAAUUGAUGGAACAAUGGCAUAAAGUUGUCUCGUCCAGACUGGUCACAUAUUUCCUUGAUGAAGCUGUACAUCCAACUAGUAUGAGAUGGAUCACGACUCUUUUAGGAGUUUGCCUUAUGUCAUCAACUACAUUUGCUCUGAAGUUUCGUGCAAGUGGAGGUUUUCAAGGGUUGAAUCAUGUGCUUCCAAGCUUUCAUGAUUCUCCAGAAAUAUACUAUAUAUUGUUUUGUUUGGUGUUUGGGAAGCCUGUUUAUCCUCGAGUACCAGAGGUCCGCAUGCUUGAUUUCCAUGCUCUCAUGCCUAGUGAUGGAAACUACGGAGAAUUGAAGUUUGUGGAUCUAUUGGAUACUAUAAUUGCAAUGGCAAAAGCUACAUUUGAUUCCUUGAUAAUGAAAUCUGUGCUUGCGCAUGAGAAUAACAAUUUUUCACAUCUUAAUGGCACCUUGGUUGCUGAUCUCGAUGAGGCGACAUCAGACAUGGGAGGUGACCUUCAAGGAGAAGCUCUGAUGCAUAAGACAUAUGCAGCAAGGUUAAUGGGUGGUGAAGCAGCCGCACCUGCUGUUGCUACAUCAAUAUUGAGGUUCAUGGUUGAUCUGGCAAAGAUGUGCCCACCAUUCUCUGCUGUUUGCAGGCGACAUGAUUUCCUAGAGAACUGUAUUGAUUUAUAUUUCUCUUGUGUAAGGUCUGAUUGUGCCCUGAGGAUGGCAAAGGAUCUUACAACCGCCGCAACUGAUGAGAAGAAUGUCCAUGACGAUGACAAUGGAAGUUCAAAGGACACCUUUCCAAGUUUACCACAGGAUCAGGAACAGUCUGCCAAAACGAUAAGUGUUACAAGUUUUCCUCAGGAGCAGAAGAGUUCCAGUUCAGAAAGUACCAGCAUGCGAAACUCCUUUGAAACUGCUGAAGUAAAAGCAGAUGAUUCUUCGAAUCAGAAGCUCAGUACUAAGAUUUUAAAUGGUGAAGAAAACCAAAUGUUUAAUAAUACUCAUGAUCAAGGACGGAUCACAGCACCCAGUUCAAAUGGUAUUGCUGAAUCACACCAAGUAACUGAUUCACCCAACUCGGUUUCCAUGAAUAAUGUUGGAUCCCCUGUUUUAUCCGAGAAAUCAACCCACAGAGCAGCUAGUACCCCUUCUGCAUCUCCAAUGGCUCCAUUCACAUCUUGGCCUGGCAGUGUAGGAUCAUAUAGUGAUGGUAGACACCUGACAGCAUCUCCAUCCAUGGCUUCAUCUAUAUCUGGGAUAGACCUGGACUCAUCCCCAGAUCCGAAGAGCAAUAUUCAGAGUUCGCCUGCCGUGAAUACCCUUUUCCCAAUCAGUUCCAAGCUUUUGCUUGACAUAGAUGAUUUAGGUUAUGGGGGUGGCCCAUGCUCUGCAGGAGCAACUGCUGUUCUUGAUUUUGUUGCUCAAAUCCUUGCUGACAUUAUCUCAGAUCAGUUUAAAGCCGCACUUUUUAUUGAGACCUUUUUGGAGUCCGUACCCUUAUUUGUUGAUAUCGACUCUGGUCUUGUUUUUCAAGGUUUGUGCCUAAGCAGAUUGAUGAACUUCCUUGAAAGAAAGCUCUUGCUUGAUGAUGAAGAAGAUGGAAAGAAACUUGACAAAAGCCGCUGGUCUGUCAAUUUGGAUCCACUUUGCUGGAUGAUAGUUGAUCGCGUGUACAUGGGCUGCUUUCCAACCCCACUCAGGGUACUACAAACACUAGAAUUCUUAAUGUCCAUGUUGCAGCUUGCUAACAAAGAUGGCCGUAUCGAAGAUGCUGUGCCUCCAGGUAAAGGUAUUUUGUCCAUUGCCCGAGGAAGCAGGCAACUCGAUCCUUACAUCCAUGCCAUAUUGAAGAACACAAACCGGAUGAUAAUGUACUGUUUCCUCCCAACAUUCCUUAAAAGUAUGGGGGAAGAUGAUCUACUUGCAAAUCUUGCAUUCCUAACAGAAACUGGGAGGAGUUUAGCUUCUAAACCUAAUCAGGAAGAUUUUUCUGUCGAUAUUUGUACAGUUCUUCAGCUUCUAAUUGCCAACAAGAGACUGGUGAUCUGCCCAAGCAAUGUUGAUACUGAUCUAAUGUGUUGUUUCUGCAUAAAUUUAAUGGCACUUCUCCAUGACAAGAGAUCGACUGCUCAAAACUUGGCAGUUGAUUUACUUAAAUACUUGGUGGUGCAUCGUCGCCAAUCUCUUGAGGACCUGCUAGUUUGCAAGCCUAACCAAGGGCAGCAACUGGACGUCCUUCAUGGAGGACUUGACAAGUUGCUCACUGGAAGUACCUCAAUGUUUUUUGAAUGGCUCCAGGGUUCUCAGCAGACAAUAAGUAAAGUGUUGGACCAGUGUGCACUAAUAAUGUGGGUUCAAUAUAUUGCGGGCUCAGCAAAAUUUCCUGGCAUACGAAUAAAAGGAAUGGAAGUCAGGCGCAAGAAAGAGAUGGGACGGAAAUCUCGGGAAUCUGCAAAACUAGAUGUCAGGCACUGGGAACAGAUAAAUGAGCGGAGGUAUAAUCUUGAUUUGGUUCGCGAUGUGAUGUCUACAGAGCUAAGAGCAAUUCGUCAAGAUAAAUACGGAUGGAUAUUGCAUGGAGAAAGUGAGUGGCAAAGCCAGCUCCAAGAACUUGUUCAUGAGAGAGGUAUUUUCCCCAUGCGGCAAUCAUCCACAGAACCUGCAUGGCAGCUAUGUGCUGUUGAAGGACCAUAUAGAAUGCGGAAGAAACUUGAACACUCAAAAUUUAAGAUAGAUACUAUUCAGAAUGUUCUAACCAGCAACCUUGGAUUUGAUGAUGCUAAGAUGACCAGUAGAGAGGAUGCAGAUUUGUUGAUGACAUCUGGGUCAGAUACAAUGUCAGGCUUGAAUCUUUUGCCUUAUGACACUGAGCAGAAGGAUCUCGAUGCUGCUGAAUUUGCAUCGUUCAAAGACGAUGAUGACAUAUUCAAAGGAGGAAGCACAAUUUCAGCUCCGAUUGGCUGGACUGAUGACAAAAGCAGCAUUAAUGAACAGAGCCUUCAUUCUGCUACGGAAUUUGGAGCAAAAUCAAGUUCCCUUUCUUUUCACAUGACAGAGAGUCACCAUGGUAAAUCUGAACUUAGUUCGCCAAGGAGGGCACCUUCAGUAAAAGGUACUGAUGCAAGAACUUCGGAUGAUAAAUCAGAAAAGGAGUUGCUUGACAAUGGUGAAUAUCUUAUCAGACCUUAUCUGGAACCCUAUGAGAAAAUAAGGCAUAAGUACAACUGUGAACGGGUUGCAGGUCUUGAUAAACAUGACGGAAUAUUUCUAAUUGGAGAACUUUGCUUAUACAUUAUCGAGAACUUCUACAUUGAUGAUUCCAAUUGCAUUUGUGAAAAGGGCAGUGAGGAUGAGCUCUCUGUCAUUGAUCAAGCUUUAGGUGUGAACAAGGAUAUAAUGGGAAGCAGUGAAUCUCACCUGAAAUCACCUUCCAUGUGGGGUGCGACAGCAAAUGUCUUACUUGGUGGCAGAGCAUGGGCAUAUAAUGGAGGUGCUUGGGGUAAGGAGAAUCUUUGCAGCAGCAGCAACCUGCCUCAUCCAUGGCAUAUGUGGAAGCUUGAUAGUGUUCAUGAGCUACUAAAACGUGAUUACCAGCUCCGCCCUGUUGCAAUAGAAAUUUUCAGCAUGGAUGGUUGCAAUGAGCUUCUAGUUUUCCACAAGAAGGAGAGGGAAGAAGUUUUCAAAAAUCUGAUUGCCAUGAAUCUCCCGCGGAAUAGCAUGUUGGACACAACCAUAUUGGCAUCCUCAAAACAGGACAGCGGUGAGGGGAGCCGUCUUUUUAAAGUCAUGGCAAAAUCGUUUUCUAAAAGAUGGCAGAGUGGAGAAAUUACAAACUUCCAAUAUCUCAUGCAUCUAAAUACACUGGCCGGUCGAGGUUACAGUGAUCUCACACAGUACCCAGUAUUUCCAUGGGUUCUUGCAGAUUAUGAGAGCGAUACUUUAGAUCUGAGGAAUCCACAGACAUUUCGCAAGCUUGAUAAACCUAUGGGAUGUCAAACAGAGGAAGGAGAAGAGGAAUUCCGGAAGAGAUAUGAUAGCUGGGAUGAUCCUGAUGUACCAAAGUUUCAUUAUGGUUCUCAUUAUUCAAGUGCUGGGAUUGUCCUUUUCUAUCUCUUAAGGUUGCCUCCUUUUAGCACAGAAAAUCAGAAAUUGCAGGGUGGACAAUUUGACCAUGCAGACCGUUUAUUCAACAGUGUGAAAGAUACAUGGGUAAGCGCUGCUGGCAAAAGCAACACAUCAGAUGUGAAAGAACUGAUCCCUGAGUUCUAUUAUUUGCCUGAAUUUUUGGAAAACCGGUUUAAUCUGGACCUGGGCGAGAAGCAAUCAGGAGAGAAGGUUGGUGAUGUUGUUCUGCCACCUUGGGCUAAAGGCAGUGUCAGAGAAUUCGUUAGGAAGCAUCGGGAAGCAUUGGAGUCAGAUUAUGUAUCUGAGAAUCUACAUCAUUGGAUUGAUCUUAUUUUUGGAUAUAAGCAGAGAGGAAAGGCAGCUGAAGAUGCUGUCAAUGUCUUCUAUCACUACACAUAUGAAGGGAGUGUUGACAUAGAUGCAGUAUCAGAUCCUACCAUGAAGGCUUCAAUACUGGCACAAAUCAACCAUUUUGGUCAGACCCCAAAACAGUUAUUCCAAAAACCACAUCCACAGAGACGGACUGACAGGAAAGUCCCUCCUCAUCCUCUACGGUACAGCUCCUAUCUUACACAACAAGAGAUUCGCAAGACAGCAUCUUCAGUGUCCCAAAUUGUCUCCUACAACGAUAAGAUCCUAAUUGCCGCAGCUAACAGCUUGCUCAAGCCAGUAACUUACAGUGAAUACAUUUCCUGGGGAUUCCCUGACCGAAGCUUGAGAAUAUUAACAUAUGAUCAGGAUAGACUUUUGUCCACGCAUGAAAACCUUCAUGGUGGUAGUCAAAUCCAGUGCACUGGAGUGAGCCAUGAUGGCAAUAUUCUCACCACAGGUGGUGAUGACGGAGUUGUUGCAGUGUGGAGAUUUGUGAAGGAUGGUAUCCGCCGUCUCCUGAGAAUGGAGAAGGCUUUGUGUGCUCACACGGGCAAGAUAACUUGUGUCUAUGUCAGCCAGCCUUACUCAUUAAUUGUGUCAGGCUCUGAUGACUGUUCUGUGAUUUUGUGGGACCUGACAAGCUUGUUCUUUGUGAAGCAGCUACCAAAGUUCCCAGCAUCAGUAUCUGCGCUACAUGUGAACAACCUCACUGGUGAGAUUCUGACCGGUGCUGGCGUUCUUUUUGCUGUUUGGAGCAUUAACGGGGACUGCCUUGCUGUGGUGAACACCUCCCAGCUUCCUUCUGACCUCAUCUUAUCUGUGGCAAGCACGACACACUCAGACUGGCAGGACACAAACUGGUAUGUGACAGGUCAUCAAAGCGGCGCUGUAAAGGUAUGGAAAAUGGUGCACUGCUCGUCUGAUGAGGCAGUAAAUAGCAAGAGCAAAUCGCCUGCAGUCACUUCUGGCGGGCUUAGCCUGAAUGGCCAAACACCAGAGUAUAGACUACUGCUGCAGAAAGUGCUCAAGUCACAUAAGCACCCAGUAACUGCCCUUUGCAUACCACCGGACCUGAAACAGCUUCUGAGUGGUGACGCCGGAGGUCACUUACUUUCCUGGUCAUUGAAAGACGACAGUUUCAAGGGUUCAUAGCGACAGACAAAUAUAGGACUCAUCUGCACAUAUUGAAAGCGCUGAUUAAAUUAUAUCUCUGAUUUCUUUCUCAUCCAGAAAUGAUGGUCAUAGACGUGCAUUGAGAAAAGAGCUCAGAUCGGCGUGCUCCUACCAUGAUGGUAUAUGAAGGUUUCCUUGGACGCCCAUGACCCGACCAUACAAUGACUCGGGCUAGAGGGAAAUGCAACAGAGACACUGAAAGGAUGAAUGGGUGAGGCCAUUGAGGCGACGCUGCGCUGACUUCAUAAUCCUAUACUGUGAAUUAUCAGAUGGCUGUACCUUCUCUUCUUGUUUUUUUUGAGGAGAAAAGGAUUCAUGUGGGGGGUUGUAGGUGCCGGUGUUUGUAAAGUUUGUACAGGGUAAUUUUGGUGGUGCCGGUUGAGGCGGACGAUGAUGAUGUAUUGUGUCGAUGUCUUGCUUGGGGUUGCGGAAGCGAAGGAAAGGGGUGUUAGGUUCAUUCUCUCUCCUGUCUCCUCCUCCCCCUUGAAGUGUUGUUGUCCAUUCUUUGACUGGGUGUAAUUGUAGCACCCUUGUGUUCGGUGAGGUCAUUUGGACCUGCACAUACAUUGCACGCAAAGAGUUUUGCUGAACAAAGCGAUACGCCCAAUCCAUA